AUGCGCUUUCAACAUUUAGAGUCUUUAUCCUUAUGUGGUUGUACGGAGCUCAAUGAUUCAGGAUUAACCCGUCUGCUAAGCUAUGGUUCGAAUUUACAGAAACUUAAUCUAGAUUGUUGUUUGAAAGUUACUGAUUACGGGCUAUCCCUGGUUGCUUCUGGUUGUCCCUCAUUGACGUCAAUUAGUCUCUAUCGGUGUAUCAACAUUUCUGAUGACGGAUUAGAGACUUUAGCCACUGCUUGUUUAUCUUUGAAAUGCAUAAACCUCUCGUACUGCUCACAAAUAUCCGACAAAGGGUUGAAAGCUCUUACUCAGAGGUGUCGUCAGCUUCAGGCAGUUAACAUAUCACACUGUGAGAGUAUAAGAGGUGUUGGCUUCAAAGGGUGUUCAAAAUCUCUCACACAUGUAGAGGCUUGGUCUUGUAAGCUCAACCCAGAAGGGGUGACGGGAAUAAUUAGUGGCGGUGGUAUAGAGUAUCUAGACGUAUCUUGUUUAAGUUGGUAUCCCUUAGGAGAUACCUUGCUUGGAAUAAGAUUGUCCUCAAACCUCAAAGUCCUUAACUUUCGAAUGUGCAGAUCUGUUUCCGAUACUUCUAUUGUUGCAAUAGCCAUGGGAUGUACACUACUUGAAGAAUGGAACUUAGCAUUAUGUCAUGAGGUGAGGAUAUCUGGAUGGCAAGCAGUGGGGUUAUAUUGUCAGAAUUUGAAGAGACUGCAUGUUAAUCGAUGCCGUAAUCUCAAUGAUAAUGGCCUGCAGGCAUUACGAGACGGUUGCAGAAGUCUCUCGGUUUUGUACUUGAAUGGUUGUGUUCACGUGACUCCUUUUGCAUUAGAGUUAUUCAAGUCUCACAGAGCAAAUGUUUGUAUAAAGGAUGAAGAGGUUACCUGUGGAGGUUGUCAGAGUGCUCACACAGCUGCUAUUGCUGUUCUGUGUGCUGAGAGAGGAAUUACGUCACAUCUGCUUCUACGAGGAGAGCAGCCUGAAAUCUUGACUGGCUAUAACUUGAUGUCUACAAUAUAUGGAAAUGUCACAUAUGUUCCGAGAACUAUGUACGCCAACAGGGAAGAAAUGCUAAAGAACUAUGCUAGGUCAGUGGCCGGAAACAGUGGUGCUUUCCUAUGGUUCAAUGAUAUCAUUCAAGCUUCUUCAACAGGCGAAUUGUCUACUUCUCAAAAUUUUACGAAAAUGGACGCAAGUAGAAGUGAGAGAAACCAUCUUCAAAAGAUUUUAGUUGUCAACGAAGGGGCUGGUGAUUCUGUUGCUCUACUAGGUAUUAUUCGGUUAGUGCAAUACUUAUCACAAAAUCAUUUACUUGGGAAACAAAGAGCCACAAAAUUUGUCGUUGAUGCUGGUACUGGCACAACAGCUAUUGGUAUAGGACUUGCAGCCAUUUUCUUUGGACUUCCGUGGGAGGUACACGCGGUUAUGCUGGCAGAUAAAAUUGAUGGGUACCGAAAGAAGGAAAAGCACUUGAUUGUUGAAUUCAGUAAGCAUUUCAAUGUUGAGUUUCUUGACCACGACGUAAACAAAGAAGAUGCUGGGAUUGUGCAUUGGGUGGAACGUGACCGUCCAAGAAAGUUACAGAUUCAAUUUUGCGCUGCUUACAUUUUCAUCGGGGUUGUUUGCAUUCUUCUUUAUUUUGGAGGUCAAAAGCAAAGAGUUGCAAUUGGAAGAGCAAUUUUGAAAGAUCCAAAAAUAUUACUUCUUGAUGAAGCUACAAGUGCCCUUGAUGCCGAGUGUGCAUGUAUUGAUACUAACUUGUGCAUUUGUAUGUUCUUUUUAAACCUUGGUGAUUUCCUUGUGCAGAAACUAGGGGAAGGUGUGAAAGGGGUGUAUAUCUCGAUAGACGUGGAUUGUCUUGAUCCUGCAUUUGCUCCGGGAGUGUCUCAUAUUGAACCGGGAGGUCUUUCUUUCCGCGAUGUUCUUAACAUCCUACACAAUCUUCAAGGUGAUGUUGUUGCUGGAGACGUCGUUGAACUCAACCCACAACGCGAUACUGUUGAUGGAAUGACUGCUAUGGUAGCUGCUAAGUUGGUCAGAGAAAUGGCUGCAAAGAUUGCAAAAUGA